AUGACGUCACAGAUUUCCUCUGCCAUGCAAUACCUUGCGGCAUUCGACUACAUUCACCGCGACAUUUCCACUCGAAAGUGUCUCGUCGGAAAAAACUUUCUCGUGAAGCUGUCGGAUUUGGGUGUGAACACGAGUACUUACCAAUCCCAUUACUACUGCAUCCGUGGCAACAAACUCCUCCCAAUCCGUUGGAUUGCUACGGAAAGCUUCGACGGGAAAUUCUCGGAGAAGUCAGACGUGUGGGCAUUUGGUGUGACCAUGUGGGAGAUGUUCACUCUGGCCAAGCAGCUGCCGUACCCUCACCUCUCCGAUGAAGAAGUAAUCCACAAUGCAUUGCAAACGGAGCACUUUUGCCCCCCAACAAGGCCGAAUGGUUGUCCUCAAGCGGUGUACCAGAUCAUGCAACAGUGCUGGGCCAUUGACUUGCACCACCGCGCCACCUUUCAGGAAGUCAACGAAAUGUUCAAAACAUGCAUAUGA